AUGUCUGAACGUGUAAGCCGUCGUUUAUUGCUUCUCUUGCCUGGACUUACAAGUGUUUUAAGCCUCAUUUCAUAUUUAAUUUUUGACCGGUUAACCUUAUUUAAUGGAAUAUUUCGUUAUGGAUGUGCAUUUUCUUUCAUUGUUUAUCUGUCCUGUUUUGGACUAUCCUUAGGCACAAUUCCCUUCUACAUUGCAGGGGAAUUAUUUCCCCAAAAUUUCCGUUCAACUGGCCAAGCAAUUGUUUUCUUUACCUUUUACUUAUCUGGCUUUAUUUUUAAUAUUUUAAUUUUGCCCUUGUAUGCGUCUAUCGGAGUUUGGUGUUUUCUUCCUUUAUUUAUCAUUCCACAGAUUUUUUGUUUAAUUAUUCUUUGGAUAUUUCUUCCGGAAACAAGAGGAAGAGAAGUACACGAAAUUGUGGGGGAUCUCAAAAAAUAUUGGGAAACAAGCACAACGAAAGUUCAAUUGAUAAAAUGUGAUACAUAA